CAGAAGAACGGAGAUUCCACCAACCCAUCAAGCAACUCUCUAAAGAGCCUGAUCUACAUAAUUUUUUCUUAAGAUGGCUGCCAUCCCUCUUCUGACUCCGCACAAAGUGGGCAAAUUCGAUCUUUCUCAUAGGAUUGUUUUGGCACCAAUGACAAGAUCAAGAUCCUAUGGUAAUGUUCCACAACCACAUGCUAUCUUGUACUACUCUCAGAGGACCACCAAGGGAGGCCUUCUCGUCACCGAAGCCACUGGGGUCUCGGAUACGGCCCAAGGAUAUCCGGACACUCCUGGGAUAUGGACAAAGGAACAGGUGGAAGCUUGGAAGCCGAUUGUGAAUGCCGUCCAUGCCAAGGGUGGGCUAUUCUUCUGCCAACUUUGGCAUGUGGGGAGGACUUCUAGCUACGCUUACCAACCUAAUGGACAAGCACCGAUUUCUAGCACGGACAGGGGGAUCGCACCUGUAACCCUUCACGAUGGCAGUGUCGAAGAGUUCUCUCCUCCACGGAGAUUAAGAACUGAGGAAAUCCCUCGCAUCGUCAAUGAUUUCAGACUUGCUGCAAUGAAUGCCAUUGAAGCUGGCUUCGAUGGAGUUGAAAUUCAUGGCGCAAAUGGCUACAUCAUCGAACAAUUCAUGAAAGACAGCGUCAAUGAUCGGAACGAUGAGUACGGUGGGAGCUUGGAGAAUCGAUGCCGCUUUGCUUUAGAAAUAGCCGAAGCGAUCGUCGAAGAGAUCGGAGCUGACAGAGUUGGAAUGCGUCUCUCGCCCUUCUCCGACUACAUGGAGUGCUGGGAUUCAAAUCCAGAAGCCCUUGGUCUUUACAUGGUGGAGGCACUGAACAAGUAUGGCAUUGCAUAUUGUCAUCUGAUUGAGCCCAGGAUGGCCAUUGUGGAUGGGAGGCGCCAAAUACCUCACAGGCUGCUUCCGAUGAGGAAGGCUUUCAAGGGAACUUUCAUUGCUGCUGGAGGAUAUGAUAGAGAGGAAGGGAACAAGGUUGUGGCAGAAGGUUACACUGAUUUGGUGGCAUUUGGUCGCCAGUUUUUGGCUAAUCCUGACCUGCCUAGAAGAUUUGAGCUCAAUGCUCCUCUUAACAAGUAUAAUAGGUCCACGUUCUAUACACCGGAUCCUGUUGUUGGAUACACAGACUACCCAGUCCUGGAAUGCAAAAAUUAAACUUCGUUGCUAUGGAGAAAAAAUAACGAGGGACACUUUUGUGUCUAUUUUCAUAUAAAGAAUGUUGCAACUUAUUCCAUAAAAAAAAAAUUAUAUUUAAACUCAAUUAUUGCACAAUAAAGCAGUGGUAUUGCUGUUCGGGGUGCUUUGCAUAUGCCAAUAUUUUUUUUUAAAUUUUUGAUGAAGCAGGUGGGUCAUAUCACCCUAAUAAAAAUACAUCUUGAAGAGUCCAAGUACAAAUAUCAUGGAGCUAAGUGGGGAUCGAAAACAAAUUCCUCUAAGUGGUGUCCCCAAAAUGACUAGCCACAUAUGAAACUAGCUAGACAGCAGUAUCAUUCGUCUUCCUAAAAACAUGAGUUACUUCCGAACCCUAAAUGCCUCCCUCUUGGAGUAACAUAUUCGACUCCCUACAUGCCUCUCUUAAUCCUUCAUUGUGCUAUAACUAUUUCUAUGUCUAA